UUUCGGCUCACUAGUGUUCUCAACGUUCGCCGCAAUGAACUUACAGACGAUCAACGAGCUCGUCGCCGGCAGCAUCGGCGGCGCCGCGCAGGUGCUCGUCGGACAACCGCUCGACACCAUCAAAACCCGCGCGCAGAUCGCUCCCAAGGGGAUGUUUAAAGGCCCGAUGGACAUCCUUAUGCAGACGAUACGCAAGGAAGGGUUCUUUGCAUUGUACAAAGGCAUGGCCAGCCCACUACUCGGCAUCGCCGGCGUAAACUCCCUCCUCUUCGCCGCCUACGGCACCUCCAAACGCAUCCUCUCCCCCUUCCCACAACUCUCCCUCCAACAAAUCGCCGCAGCAGGCGCGAUGGCCGGCGCCGCAAACGCCAUAUUAGCCAGUCCAGUGGAGAUGUUCAAGAUCCGCAUGCAAGGUCAGUAUGGCGGUGUGGGGGAUAAGCGGCUCAGAGACGUCGCGAGGGAGAUGUGGGCGCAGUGGGGGUUCCGGAAAGGAGUGAUGCGCGGGUAUUGGAUCACGGUGGCACGGGAGAUACCAGCGUAUGCGGGGUUCUAUUCCGCGUUUGAGUUCUCGAGACGGAAGUUUGCAGAUCGCUACGGUGGCCCAACAAAGGUCCCGGUAUGGGCAUUGCUCGUGAGCGGGGCAGGCGGCGGGAUUGCCUACUGGCUUGCAUGUUAUCCGCUAGACGUGGUGAAAUCGCGCGUUCAACUACGCGACACGCCGCCGACGGGGACGCCCGUGCAGUACAUCGCGCGUGAGCUGCUGGCAGUCGUGCACGAGGGCGGAUGGACGGGAUUGUUCAGAGGGUUAUCUCCGUCGUUGUUGAGGAGCAUCCCGGCCGCUGCGAGCACAUUCGCGGCGUAUGAGAUUACAAGAGAAUGGUUGAGGGAGGCUACAGGCGUUUAACGUUUGGUUGUCGUGCUCGACGGACGCGUGAAACGUGUAGGGGGCGGCUAUGAGGAUAUCUCGGCAUCUGUGGAGUGAAAAUGCUAGGUUGGCUUUGGUUUUUCUCUCCCUUGUGUCGAUGAUCCGCGGGUGAUUAUGCCAGGUUUUAUUUCAAAUCUGUGCACCCAUAGGCAACGACUCAUCACCUAGCGCCAUCGGCGAUGAUUUACAAGCUCGGCGGUGGACCAUCAAAACUACUCAUGUCUAGUGCUGCGGACUCGAGUAAGACGCUGCGUGCUCGUUACGUUUUAUCAAGAAUGCUCCCUCGCUGCGCCUUUCUCAGGUUAUUCGUUUGAAGGUUUGUUUUGACCGUUGUAGCGCCGUUCGCAUCUGUCUUUGCCCGCUAUUUUGGUGAUUCGAGGAGCGCUCCGGGAACGAUGAAGACAAAUUCUUGACUCCGGCUCGGC